AUGCAGCGCGUUUCUCUUGUAUUGUUGCCGCUUCUACUGCUGUGGAUGCUGCAGGCGACAAAGGGGGUUGCUGCGGAGUACGGCGAGCGUAGCGUAGCGAAGGGCAGCCGUGAGGAACAAAUUGUGUUCUGGGAGAAGGAGAUUGACAGGUUGCGCAACGGUGAACUUGCAAAGGCAUACCAAACACUGUAUACGACCCAAAUGGCCUUAAAUGAGGCGAGGCGUCAUAGUGGAUGGCUCUUCACGAGUAAAGAUGUCCAGGCUCGCAUUAAAGUGCUGGACGCGGAGUACGAGAAGAACAUGGCGGCUGUAGUUCUCCUGAAACGGGAGGAAGAAAUGAUGCUGGCGAAACUGAAGCCGCUCCAUGGCAUCGUCUCGCGACGCUUUGCGCAAGAACAACGCAAUGCCAUUGUGGACGCUGUGAACCUGGUGCAGCAGGCAAGCUACGAUCAGGCGUGGUACGGCUCUCUCUUUGACCUUGGUGAUGCAGAGACGCUUACGGAUAUUAUUGUGGGAUUUCUUCUGCGUUGGCUGAUAGGAUAUGUCCUCCUGUAUCCCUUUGCUGCCAUUUACUACGCCCUCUGGACGGCGCCGAGGAAUAUCUACGCUUACUCUUCUGGAACAUCGGACAUUCCCGUGGGAGUCGUAGCGUGGUGCGUGUCUGUUUCCGUUAUGCUGCUCCCGGUAAUGGCACUUGUGGGCGGUUUUUGGUACAUUCGAAGGCAUUACGGCGAUCGCGUAACGGAGGCACUGCGGGCUGCCAGGGAACGUGAACGAGGACGACGUUAA